AUGAAUUGCUUGACGGGAACAUCCUAUACACUUUUAUUCAAUGGCAGAUUACAAGGAAGUUUUGAAGGGAAGAAAGGGUUGAGACAGGGAGACCCCAUCUCUCCGCUGCUAUUUGUUCUAGCAAUGGAGUAUCUUACUAGAAUUUUAACCAAGCUUCUUAGCAUAAAGAGUUUAGGUACCAUCCUUUGUUUCUAUCGCUGCUCUGGUUUGGAAGCUAAUUUGAGCAAAUCUCAAGUGGUUUUUGGGGGCGUGGCAGCUGAGGUUAGAGCUGAAAUCCUUAGAUCAGUAGCUCUUGGUGAGGGGAGUUUUCCUCUGAAAUAUCUGGGGGUAUCGCUAAGGCCUACAAGAUGGCUGAUUGCAGAUUGUGGAGAAAUCCUUAAGAAAAUUCAGAAUAGGCUCCAUGUUUGGGCUAGUAGACAUCUUUCAUUUGCGGGGAGAACACAAUUGAUUUACUCAGUGUUGCAGGGCAUUCGUAACUAUUGGAUGAACAUUUUUAUGCUUCCCAUUAGUGCGGUUCAUGAAAUUGACAGACUUUGUCGUAACUUUCUUUGGGGAGAGAAGAAUAAUCGUAGUAAAUUUCACUGCUCCUUUUGCUCCCAGGUCUGUCUUCCGAAAGUAAUGGGAGGUCUGGGAUUCAAGGAAGGUUUUCUUUGGAAUAAAUUCCUAUUGGCUAAGUACCUUUGGGCUUUAUCUUCAAAGCAAGAUGUCUUAUGGGUGAAAUGGAUAGAUGGAGUCUAUUUAAAAGGCAAUUCUAUCUGGGAUUACCACCUGAAAACAGAUGUUUCUUGGUACUGGCGCAAGGUUUGUUAUUUGAGAGAGACAUUUUCUGUCAAGGAUUUGGAGAUUGCGGCUCCUCAUGGUAAGUUGAUCUUGCAUUUGCUAUAUAACAGCAUGCUUCAGAAGGAGCAGGUGGGGUUUGCUAAGGCAGUUUGGAGUAGUUUUUCUGUGCCAAGACAUCGUUUUAUUCUGUGGCAAGCGGUUCUUGGGCAUCUUCUGACGAGAGACAAUAUGGCCCGAUGCCAUAUUGAGGUUAUUUCAGUGGCUUUUCCGAUGUUAUAA